AUGUUUCUUCUUGACUGAACUUUCAACCUGUGUGGACUUCAGUCCCUGUAAAUAAGCAACAACUAAAAGUCAACAGAUGGAGGCCAUAAAAAGUCUACUUGGAUUUGAGUGGAUGGACGGAAUAAGUAUUGUGAUAUUUUUGUGUGUUUUUGUGCUGUUGGCUGAUAUUUUGAAGAACAGAGUCCCGUCAAACUUUCCUCCUGGACCGUGGGCUCUCCCACUGAUUGGAGACCUUCAUCGCAUCAAAGCCAGCAGGAUCCACGUGCAGCUCUCAGAGUUUGCAGAGAAAUAUGGAAAGAUUUUCAGCCUGCGGCUCUUUGGUGGAAGAGUUGUGGUCAUCAAUGGCUACAAGCUUGUGAGAGAGGCCCUGGUCCAAAAAGGGAAGGACUACGUCGAUCGCCCCUUCGUACCUCUAUCUUAUGCAAUGAUGGGGGACAAGGGUCUGGUGAUGUCAAACAACAAUCCAUGGAAGCAACAGAGGCGAUUCGCUCUUCACACUCUCAGGAACUUUGGAGUGGGCAAGAAGACCCUGGAGCAAUCCAUCCAGCAGGAGGGCCAAUAUCUCACCAAGGCUCUUGGCAAUAAAAAAGUCAAAGCAGCAACUGACAAGAAUACGAUCCUGAACUAUGCUGUGUCCAACAUUAUCAACUGCCUUGUGUUUGGACAUCGCUACGAGUACGCUGACAAGCGGUUCCAGAGUAUUCUUCAGGACUUGAAAGAGAUUGUGUUCUUACAGGGAAGUCCAAGUGUACAGAUUUAUAACACGUUCCCCUGGCUGAUGAAGUGGCUGCCUGGAUCUCACAACAAGAUUUUAACUAUGUUCAAAAGGAUCGUUGACUUUGUUGAAAUCAAGAUCAAAGAACACAGAGAUAGUCUAGACCCGUCCUCACCAAGAGACUACAUCGACUGCUUCCUCACAGAGAUGGGAGAGAGAGACGACAAAGAUUCUAGUUUUGAUAUCGAGAAUUUGUGUUCUUGCACUCUGGACCUGUUUGGUGCUGGAACUGAAACUACUACCACUACUCUAUACUGGGGACUGCUGUACAUGAUCUACUAUCCUCAAAUACAAGAGAGAGUCCAGGCUGAGAUAGACGCUGUGAUUGGUUCAUCCAGAGUGCCCUCUCUAAAUGACAAAGAAGACAUGCCCUAUACUAAUGCAGUCGUUCAUGAGAUCCAGAGAAUGGCCGACAUCGUUCCCCUUAAUGUGAUCCGCAUGGCAACCAAGGACACAACACUCGACAAGUACACAAUCCCAAAGGGCACCAUCAUCAUGCCCACCUUGAACUCGGUUCUUCACGAUGAGGCGAUGUGGGAAACUCCGCACUCCUUCAACCCUCAACACUUUCUGGAUCGGGACGGCCAGUUUAGGAAGAGAGAGGCCUUCCUUCCUUUCUCAGCAGGGAAGCGUGUGUGUAUCGGGGAGCCGCUGGCCAAGAUGGAAAUAUUCCUCUUUUUUACCUCCCUUCUUCAGAGGUUUUCUUUCUCUGCAGUUGACGGAGAACAGCCCAGCCUGGAUUUUGUUUUAGGAUUCACUCGCAGUCCCAAACCUUACCGGGUCUGUGCUGUACCCCGAUAAACAACCAGCUGUCCCAGACUCAGUCAAGUUUCUGUGAAGGAAAAUUUCAACAGAAAAUUUAAUUUGUAUUCUGUGUCUUAAUUUGUUUCAAUUAUUGCUGAUAAAAGGUCACAUAUUCUGCAGAAUCCACUUCACCACGUUUCUCUAACUCUAAUAUGUGUCCAUAGUCUGUCUACAAA